AUGUUGGGAGCAUUUAUUAAUAUUCAACCAAAUAGAUUAAUUGAAAUUCAUACAAAGACCUAUAAAUUUAUAAAUAAUACAAAUAAUACAAAUAAUAAUAAUAAUAAUAAAACAACUCAUUAUAAAUUUGAGUUUUCAUUUCAACAUUUGGAUAUAAUCGAUAAAACUAACCCAAAUUUAGAAAAUAAUACAUAUAAUAUUGAUAGAAUAAUAUAUAAACCUGAAACUGCCUUAUAUAAUUUUUUUAACUAUUUCAAAUUUUAUUAUAAAAUCUUUAUUUCCUUUACAAUCACACUUUUUGUUUCAAUAAUUUUUUCAUUCUUUUUACCAAAUUCCUCAACUUUAAAUUUUAAUUCAAAUAAUAAUAAUAAUAAUAAUAUUCAAAAACAACAAAAUUCAAGAGAAUUAAAUGAAUUUUCAAUUAAUUAUAAUGAUAAUAAAUUAAAUUAUAAAUUAAUAAUUUAUUUUAUAAUUAUUUUAAAUUUUAUACCAAUUUUAGUAUCAAUGAUAUUAAUGAUUUGUUUAGAUUUUAAAAAAGCAUUAAUUUCAGAUGUUAAUUAUUAUGAAAUUUUAAAAAUCCUUUGUAUUGAUGAUAAUGGUUCAAGAUUUGGGUAUUGUUCAAAUUCUAAUUUCAUAACACAAGAUAUAAUUAAAAGAUCAAUUUCAAAUGAAAUUUUAAAACAACAUACAAUUAAUAUUGAUUCAAUUACAUAUCAACAUGAUUCAUUCUGGUGGAGAGAUUCUUCAACAUUUAUUAGAAUUACAAUUUCAUUUAUCUUAGUUAUUAUAUUAUUAUCUGGUUUAAUAAUUACAAUUUAUACAAAUUUAAUUGACGAUUUAAAAAAUCAAUAUAAAAUCAAUGAAUUAUUAAAAUUAAAAAAUAAUCAAAAUAAAAGUGAUGAUAGUAAUAAUAAUAAUAAUCAAGCAAAUUCAAUUGAAAUGAAAGAUUUUAAUAAAACUAUUGAAAUUUCAAAAAAACAAUCGACUCCAAAUUCACCUUCAACUCCAUUUGGUAAACAAUCAAUUUAUCCAUCACUUUCAUCAAUGGGUUCAUUUGAUCAAAGUUAUUCAAGUGGUUGUGGAAGUAGUGCCAGUGGUAAUAGUAGUAGUAAAAAUAUUGCCACAUGUAGUAACAAUUCAAUUCAAUCAUUGAUUAGUGACCAUUCCCAGUCACAAUUACCUACUUCACCAAACACUUCAACCUCUUCUAUAUAG